AUGACUUUAAAAAGAGCUACCUUGGCCGAAAAGGAAGUGAACACACUCAAGGAGCAAUUAUCCACCAACACAACAGCAACAGCUGACGAGAAUACAACAGCGAAUAGCAAUAUAACUGAAACAACAACAACAGCAAAUUCGAUUGAUUCAACAACAGACGCAACCAUUACAACAAUCCCACCAAAUAGUAAAUUACUUUCACCAACAACACUCAAUAACAAUAACAAUUUUGCAAAUAAUAAUACAAAAUUGUUGAAUAGCGUUGCUGCAGCAAUAACAUUACAUCAAAACGGUGGUAAUUUAUUAGCAACAACACCAUCACCAUCUCCACCACUCUCCGAUAGUGGCAUUAGCAAUACAAAUUCAAAUCAAUUAAACACCCUCAACGGUGUCAACGGAGGUUGUCUUAAUCCAAAACUCUUCUUCAAUCACGCACAGCAAAUGAUGAUGGAAGCUGCUGCUGCUGCCGCUGCUGCAGCUGCAGCCGCCGCUGUACAGCAACAACAAUCACCAAUGCAUUCACCUAUGCAACAAAAUCUUGAUGCCGAAGAAAAUGGCAAUAUCAAUUCCAAUACCCACUCAACCAAUACCGAUGCCAGUAAAUUGAUUACAACACUAACCGCUGAGAUGAAUAUAUCAAAAUUAGUUAAGGAUAACACGACAAAAAAUCAAAUUGUUGCCAGCAAUGAGGACAACAAUGAUAUAUUAGAUAAUGUUGCGGAACAGCGUGUACGCGAUAUUGUUGAUCAUAAUGUUGAUGAUGAUGAUAUUGAUGCUGAAGACAAUUGUCUAGAAAGAACUGAUGAACAUAGCCUAAAUGUUAGCAGUAGCGAUAGUAGCAAUAAUAGUUGUAGUAAUAGCAAAAAUAAUAAUAAUUUUAGUGCGAAUAGUUCGAAUGUUGGUUGCAAUCAAACAACCGAAAGUUUACAUGAAGGUGAUAAUAUGGAUAAUGAUCACCUUCAGCAACAUGUUGCCGGCGUUGAAAGUGGGAGAAACAAUAGCAUCGAUGUUGAUACAACAAUGAAUGCAAGCAAUCAUGCUGAAUUAUUAGCUGCCAAAGAUAAGAAGAUAAAAGCACUAGUAGAAGAAGUUGAACGUUUACGUUCUCUAGAACAAACACACAUUGUACAAAUCCACAGACUUGAAGAUCAUUUGGAAGCCAAACGACAACAUAUAUUACGCUUGGAAGCACGUCUUGAUAAGCAAGAAAUCAAUGCUGCUCUAGCUGAGACAUCAGCCAUUGCUGCAACACCCGCCAAUGAUGAAGCUGACAUAUAUGAAAUUGCAGACAAUGAGAAAGAAAAUAAUAGUGCAAAACAUAAUAUGGAAACAGAUGAGAUUGAAGAUAAUGCAGAUGAAAUUGUUGCCAAUAAGGAAUGUGAAAGUCUUACACCAACAACGCCAACAAUCAAUGAGCUCAAAAUCAAAAAAGAAAACCAAAGCCCACUCGACUUGGAUGCAAUAAGCCAACAAUCAGCAAUUGCUGCCGCUGCUGCAGCUGCUGCUGCUUGUGCAAAUGAUCCAAAUAAAUUCCAGGAACUGCUGUUGGAACGUACCAAAGCCCUAGCAGCCGCCGAGGCAUUGAAGAGUUCCGAGGGAACAACAGUUGCCGUUGCUAGCAAUAACGAGCAUAAACAAAGUGAAGUAGCUGAAAGCGAAGUUGACAUUGUAGCAGCAGCAACAGAAAUUACCGCAGCGACAACAAUAACAACAACAACAACAAUUGUACCAAAAAUCGAAAUUGUCGAUGAUGACGACGACGAUGAUGAUGAUGAUGAUGAACAUGAAACUGAAACUGACAACCAAAUUGUUGAUGAUAAUGACGACGAUAAUCAACAAAAUAAUGACAAUGUUGAAACUGAUGUUGUUAAUAGAACCUCUCCAAAAACAACUCCACUUGUGCCAACAAUAGAUGUUGAUGCUUUAGAUAAUACUAACAAACAUGGUCUACAUAGCCCACAACAAAUUGCAGAUGCAACUACAGCUGACCAUACAAAAAGUUCAGCUUCAGCUGCUGUUAACGCUGCUGCGGCUUGUUUCAAACAGAACGCCGAACAUUUUGGUUCACUUUUAGGCGAAGAACUAGUCAAUACGUAUUGGCGUCGUGGUUUUGAUUUACCAACGUCAUCAACAACAGCUGCUGCUGCUGCCGCCGCUGUUGCUGCGGCUGCUACAACAACAUCAACAACAACAAAAACGCCAAAUAUAUUUCAAAAUGCCAAUCAGCAACAACAACAACAAAUGUUGCUGCCACCAUUACAACCACAGCACCACCACCACCAACAGCCAUUGUUGCCAACAACAGCCGUCCACCACCACCAUCACCAGCAGCAUAUGCAACAUGCACUACAGCAACAGCAACAUGGACCUUCGUCCACAGCGUUGCUUAGCCAAUUAGUUAAUUCCACUUUCUCAAAUAAUUCUUCUCUACGUACAGAUGCCAUGCUACAACAACAUCAUCACUAUCAUCAACAACACUUGAGCGAACAACACGAGAAGUCGAGCAAUAUGCAACAUGAUUCGUCAUCCAGCGCCAGCACACCAAAUCUACACGAUCAACGUUCCAAUGAUGAACAUCAUAGUGUACUCGGUCAUUCGUUGAAUGGUUCGUCGCAUAAAGCGCUUGAAGACAACAAUAAUAGCUUGUGUGCCACACCCAAUAAUGCAAUGACACCACACCAUUUGCCACCAGGUUUCUUGCCUGGUCUACCAUUCCAAUUUCAGGAGCGUAGUCAUUUUCGCUUCGCUGAAGACAUAAAUUUACCGCCAGGUGCUUCAAUGGCUGGUCGUUUGGGUGAAUCACUUAUACCAAAAGGUGAUCCAAUGGAAGCCAAACUACAGGAAAUGUUGCGUUACAAUAUGGACAAAUACGCCAAUCAAGCACUUGAUACGCUGCAUAUUUCGCGACGCGUACGCGAAUUGCUCUCAGUACAUAACAUCGGUCAACGGCUGUUUGCCAAAUACAUACUUGGACUCUCGCAAGGUACCGUCUCAGAGUUGCUGUCAAAACCAAAGCCCUGGGAUAAACUUACCGAAAAAGGACGCGACAGCUACCGCAAAAUGCAUGCCUGGGGAUGUGAUGAUAACGCUGUGAUGCUGUUGAAAUCGCUAAUACCCAAGAAAGAUUCUGGUCUACCGCCUUAUGGUGGACGUGGUGAAGAUUCAAUGUCUGAUGAUCGUAUCGCUCACAUACUGAGCGAAGCCUCCACACUUAUGAAGAACUCUACACCAAACGCCUUACAGCAGCAAUUAAAAGAUGAACAACAACGCCAUUUACAGCAAGAGCAACAUCGCCGUUCCGCACAUGAUGAUACGCACAGCAAUGAAGACUCCAAAUCCCCUCAUCAGACUUGUACUUCUCCCUUUUACAAGGAUCAAAUCAAACAGCAAGAUGCUGCACAUCAUCAACAACAACAGCAACAACACCGCCUACGUCAAGACGAACUAACUCAAGACAAAAUGGCAAGACUUUAUCAAGAAAUUAUGUCACGUAAUCCACAUGGAAGCACUUUUCCAAGUUUCUUGCUUUCGCCAUUUUUCAGCGCUGCUAGCGGUAUGCCGCCAGCUAAUAUGACCGGUAAUGCAUUCCCCGCCGCCGCUGCAAUGGCUGCCGAUGAAAAUAUACGUCUAGCUUUUGAACGUGAGAUGGCCAAAUUACAGCAACAACAACAAACGGCAGCUGGUAAUAUGCCAAACUUUCCAAAUUUUUCCAGUUUAAUGGCAUUGCAACAACAAGUAUUGAAUGGCGUACAAGACUUAACACUCACCAAGGACGGCAAAGAGCUUAAAAUGAAUGGUCAACGUGUUUCAAUGGAUCACUCCAAUUCCAUGGACUCACAAUCAGCCAGCAAUAAUGCCAAUUCGAGCAGCGCAAAUACCAAAGAACUGUCAGCUGCUGACGCUGAACGACUUUCUACUGGUUUCUCGCUACAUUCACGUAAACCAGAAGGUGGUAGCCUUACUCCCGCACCACCACCAUCGAGCAAUGCUUCUGCACAAAAUGUAAAUUCUGCUGCGCCCAGCCCUUUGAGUAACUCCAUCUUACCGCCCGCUAUGACACCAAACGAUGACUUCUCAGCUGCAGCUAGUCCUCUACAACGUAUGGCUUCCAUCACCAAUUCACUUAUCACACAACCUCCCGUUACACCGCAUCACACACAACCACAACGACCCACCAAAGCCGUAUUACCACCAAUCACGCAACAGCAAUUUGAUAUGUUCAACAAUCUGAACACUGAAGAUAUUGUACGCCGCGUUAAGGAAGCACUAUCUCAAUAUUCCAUCUCACAACGCCUCUUCGGUGAAUCCGUACUUGGCUUAUCACAAGGUUCAGUUUCUGAUUUGCUAGCACGUCCAAAACCAUGGCACAUGCUCACGCAAAAGGGACGCGAACCUUUCAUACGAAUGAAAAUGUUUCUGGAAGAUGAGAAUGCCGUACAUAAAUUAGUCGCUAGCCAAUAUAAAAUUGCACCCGAGAAACUGAUGCGCACGGGUAGCUACAGUGGCAGCCCACAAAUACCACAGGGUUUAGCUAACAAAAUGCAAGCUUCCCUGCCAAUGCAAAAAAUGAUGAAUGAACUAAAAUUACAGGAACCAGCUCAGGCACAACAUAUCAUGCAACAAAUGCAAGCGGCUGCUGCGAUGUCAGCCGCUAUGCAACAACAACAACAGCAACAAAGUCAACAACAAGCGGCUGCAGCAGUGCAAGCAGCACAAGCCGCCGCACAAGCUGCACAACAUCACCAAAGCAUGUUGCUUACUUCGCCCGGUCUACCACCACAACAUGCAAUCAGCCUGCCAGCCGCCAAUGCAGGCUCCGUAUCUGCUGCUGAUAAAAAACCAAUGAUGAUGCCUAUACAUUCACCACAUCAGGCCAAUGCAAUGCGCAAUAUGCACCAACAUAUGUCACCGACCGUUUACGAAAUGGCAGCACUUACACAAGAUUUGGAUACACAAGUAAUCACUACAAAAAUCAAGGAAGCGUUACUUGCCAAUAAUAUAGGACAGAAAAUUUUUGGUGAAGCUGUACUUGGUCUAUCACAGGGUUCAGUUUCAGAGUUGCUUAGCAAACCAAAACCUUGGCAUAUGCUAUCCAUUAAAGGACGCGAACCCUUCAUUAGAAUGCAAUUGUGGCUAUCCGAUGCUAAUAAUGUAGAGCGCUUACAACUUCUAAAAAACGAACGACGCGAAGCAAGCAAACGCCGUCGUUCUACAGGCCCAAAUCAGCAAGACAAUAGCUCAGAUACUUCCAGUAAUGAUACAAAUGACUUCUAUACUAGUAGCCCAGGACCUGGCUCUGUUGGUUCUUCUGUAAGCGGCGCACCACCAAAUAAAAAACAACGCGUACUUUUCUCCGAAGAACAGAAGGAAGCAUUACGUAUUGCAUUUGCUUUAGAUCCCUAUCCAAAUGUGGGUACGAUUGAAUUCUUAGCCAACGAAUUAGGACUUGCUACACGUACUAUCACCAAUUGGUUCCACAAUCAUCGCAUGCGUCUUAAGCAGCAAGUACCACAUGGACAACCUGGUGCCGAGAAUCCAAUACCAAGCCGUGAGAACACUAAUUCCACACCAUUCGAUCCCGUCCAGUUUCGCAUACUACUACAACAACGACUGCUUGAAAUUCACAAAGAACGCAUGGGUAUUAGUGGACCACCAAUACCAUACCCACCUUAUUUUGCAGCAGCUGCUUUACUGGGACGUAGCUUAGCUGGCAUGCCUGGCGCUGCGGCUGGUGCAGGUGGUGAACCUGAUUUGCAAGCACUUAAUCAAGCUUUCAAAGAACAAAUGAGUGGACUUGACUUGACAAUGAGCGCCUUAAAACGCGAACGUACCGAUGAUUAUGAAGACGAUAUGGAUGAGAAUCACUUGAGUGAUAAUGAAUCUCUCGAUGGUGGUGAUGGUGAUGAUAAGUGUAGUGACUACAAAGAAACGCCACGCUCUUCUCUAGCUGGUGGGUAUUUGGGCGCCAAUGUGCGUAGUUCCAGACGCAAACCAGCAGCACCGCAAUGGGUAAAUCCAGCUGGUGCAGUAACUACACCAGGCGCUGCUGCUGCUACUGCUAGUGAAGGUGACCGUAUUAUCAAUGGAGUCUGUGUCAUGCAAUCUCAAUCAAAUGAAUUUAAACACGGUGACGAAGCAACAAGUGAGCGUGUGCAUCAAAGUAAUGAAGCUGAAAAGCUUAGUGCGGCACAUGAAGACGACACGGCCGGCGGAAGCGAAGUCGAUCAUGAUCACUUAGAAAUCGAUCAACGCUUUAUGGAACCUGAAGUGCGAAUUAAACAGGAGAAAGAAGACUGUGAAAGCGACACCGAGGGCACAGCGGCGACAGCUGUGAGUAAGGGCAAUCUAAGUGAGGAGCAGUUGAAAAUGGUGAGUGAAGACAAACUACGCAUGUUGCGUAUGAGCCGCAUGAGCAACGAUGAAGACACGCCGCAACCAACGUGGAACUACUAAAGCUGAAAUGAGUACUAUGUGAGCGAAUGGGGAGGAUGUCCGGCUAUUGCGACAUGUGGCAGUGCUGUGCACACUACAAAAAACGUUCAAGUUUUUUUUAAUUGUGAUUGGGUUGAUUUCAAAUAUUGUACACUGCAUAAAAUGUAAAUAAACUAAGU